CGUAAUUCACACUUCCGGUAAAAAAAUGGCCACCCCCUGUGUCUUAUUUACAUCUUGUUCCAGUUUUUCUGCAAAUAACUUAGUGAAAGAUAUUUUAAAUCAGGAAACUGUGCCUGAGGAAAAGAGUAUUGUAGAAAACAUCCGGGGAUACGAAUGGAAUGUGGACACCAAGUACUACACAGCCAUUGUGGAUUUAUGUGUAACUGAAGAAAGAACAAUAGGAGAUCAACAAUUCGCUGACAAUCUUCAGGCAUUUGUUGUGUAUUUUGAUGCAGAAAAUGAUGACAGUUUUAAGAAAGUGAAGUUGUGGAUGCCAUACCUUGACCAGAUCGAUCCUGAAAUAAAAAUUCUAGUCUGUGACAGAUGUUUGGAAUCAUCAGUAAUAAAUCGGCUGGCAGCACAGACCUGGUGUAUUGACAAUGGCUUUGAAUUAGUGGAGCUGAAUCCAGACUCCAACAGUGACUCUGAAUUGGAAGAUGAUUUUGUGGAAACUACCGGGUUAGCUAGGAUAGUCCAGGCGUUACAUGCUCACACAUGGCCCAAUUUGGAGAUGAAAGACACAAGGCAUACAGUCAGUCCAUACAUUCGACAAUUGAUGAAAGAGGAACAUGAAAAGAAUCAGACACAGAGAGACAAUGACACAAAUGAGGAAAUAAGUGACAGACUAGCACCUUCUCAUGAUGAGAAAAGCCAUGAUUCUGACAAGCAGUGUAAACAUUCCAUAGGUCAAAAUGGAGUUGAUGAUAGUUUGGGUGCAAACAUUGACAAAGUGGUUCAAGAUAUUAUAAGUGAGACUUCUGAAAUUAGUGUUAAUGAACCUAGUGGUGAGGAUGCAGGUGAAUCGGAUGAAGCUGAUAAAAAAACUGAUGUGGCAUCUGGUGGAGAUGAUAAAGAGAAGGACAAGGCCAAGAAAAAGCAGCCAUCAAAGGAAGAAAGAUUAGAGAGUCUCCUCCCUUCUGAAGACCAGGGAUUAUUUGAAGCUCUGGCGAGUGAGGACCCUGAGGAAGAGUCCUUCGAAAAGCUGUUUGAACAAUUUGCCCAGAUGAAAGAAAAAGCUAGUGUACUUCCGUUAGAUGAAAGAAAAAAGUAUGCCGAGCAUGUUGCAAUAGCUUUCUGGCGGGCCAUGGGUGGAGAUGAAGAUGAAGUCGGGGACCUAGACAGUGAUUGAUGUGCAAUUAAGGGCAUUCCAUUUGUGUGGUGGAGAGAUAACCAUUGGUGUAGGAAAGGAGAGAAAUAACCAUUACGGCUUCCGUAGUGAUGCUGCUUUACAGAACUUGCUUAGUAGUAAACUCUGGCCUUGCUUCAUCACAAAACUAUGGUCAGAAGUCUACGCUGUGGGCUGUCUAUCAGUGUCAGUUUUAUCUUGUUUUGACUAACCAGCAUUUUAAAGUUACAAGGACGGCAUUUUAAUUUAAAGUUUUAGCUUACCUGCUUUUCUGGAGAAGAAAAAUGGACCUUGAUCAUAACUGAAAUCAGACAAACUAAACUUGGAACACAUGUUGCCAGCGACAAUAAGCCCAUUUUUAGCAAGACCCUUGCUUAAAUAAUUGUUGAGAUAUACCCCUUAUUCGAAACAAAAAAAUUAAAGCAGAGGAGCGUUGGUAGUUGCUCUGCAGCACUCUUGUUCAAUCUUUAUGUAGCCAUUCCCUUUACUAUUUCAUGUUCGUCACAUUAUACCUUAGCUUCUUUGUGAUGGCUUAAUGUUGCAUUUUGCUAAGGAGGUCACUGGUUGCUAAGAAAGUCACUGGUUGCUAUGGAUGUAAGUAGUUACUAAGCACUACAUGAGGCUACAUACAAAUGUCAAGGAUCUUGGCCUUGCGGUCUCAGAGAAGAUCUUUAAAUAUCUAACUAUAUUAGUAUAAAGAAAACCUGGGACCCUUUCGCCGGUAUUAUAAACAUCUUUAGUCAUUUCCUAACUUAAGUCAUUUCUAAAGUCAAUUAUGUCACUGAUCAUAUUAUAUAAUUACUUCAUAAAAUAUGAAUUACUUGAAUAAACAUAAUUUGAUGUUAAAAACACUGAUACUUUUUCUUUUAAUUAGACUAUCAGCAGUUUAGGAAAUCAACGUAGGUUACAAAGCCACUGUAAGUUGUUUUAAGAAUACCAGCCUUAUACCAGUACUAAAGCUUUUAAAGUAAAAGAAUCAAGUGACUUGUUGCUGACAUCAUGGCGAUCAUCUUGUGAUAUAGUUGUGGUGGAAGCCAAUAUUGUAUGAAUAUCAUGUGAUUGUAUAAAAUAUGAAAACAUUCCUGAUCAACAUUAAUGCAUUGUUGUGCUUAACUUAACAAGUGGGUGUUGUAUAAAUAGACACUUAGUCAGUGCUAAAUGUUAAACUUAAAACCUUUUGAAUUUAAUAAUAAAACAAAUCAACCUGAAUACAUUAUAUGCUAAAUUACAAAUAAAAAUAUAUAAUAGUC